UCCCGUCCCUCCCCUUCCCCAGCUGCAGUGUGUGAGUGCCCCCUCCUCUCUCCAUCUCUCUCUCCUCCUCAUCCCUCCUUCCCUCCCUCAGUCUGCUGCUGCCUUGUCUCUCCAUCCCCCGGCACUCAGUCUGCUUGCAGCCGGCAUGGCCUCCGUUAGCUUCAAAACCCACCGCCUGGAGCUGCUGGCUGCCUACCAGGAUGUGAUUGAGGAGCAGACCCCCACAGACUGGGCUCUCUACACAUACGAAGAUGGCACAGAUAUCCUAACAUUGUCAGCAUCAGGGGGAGGGGGUUUACCCGACCUUGCCACCCACUUUGAGAUCCAGAAAGUGAUGUAUGGCUUCUGCAGCGUGAAGGAGCCUCAUGCUAUGCUUGCCAGAUAUGUUCUUAUCAACUGGGUUGGUGAAGAUGUUCCUGAUGCCCGAAAAUGUGCAUGUGCCAGUCACGUAGCACAGAUUGCAGACUUUUUUCAGGGUGUAGACGUCAUAGUUAAUGCCAGCAGUGUUGAUGACAUAGAUCCUUUGGCUAUCAGUCAGCGCCUCUCCAACGGCACUGGGCGCCUGGCUAGUCCUGUUCUACAGCGGCUGCAGGUCAAAGAGGAAGGCAGUGGCGAUCCCGUGGGAACCAAUUACCAGAAGACAGAUGCAGCCGUCGAAAUGAAACGCAUAAACAGAGAACAGUUUUGGGAACAAGCAAAGAGAGAAGAGGAGGAAAGGAAGCAACAGGAGAAGCAGAAAGCCAUAGAGGAUAGACUUCGGUUUGAACAGGAACGUAUGGAACAAGAGCGCAAAGAGCAAGAAGAACGUGAAAGACGUUACCAGGAGAGAGAACAGGAGAUCGAAGAACACCGGAGGAAAAUGCAAGACGAGGAAGCAGAAGAAUCCAAAAAGAGGCUACAAAGCAACUCCAUAUUUAACUGUUUGUUUAUACCCUGCCAGGUGGACCAGAGGGAAGAUGAUGAAGCUGCAGAACUAAAGAGGACAGAGAGUGAAGUGGAGGAGGCUGCAGCCAUUAUUGCUCAACGCACAGAGAACCCACGUGAGUUCUUCAAACAGCAAGAAAAAGCCACAUCAGAGUGUAGCCCUACUUUCUUAACCCCUCGUUCAACAGGUAGAAGUUCCUCUGAGGCAGGACCCCCACGCUCCCCAGAGACAGAACGUCGUAGUAGUUUGGGUGAAGAGUGGACAAAGGCCUUUAGCUCAGAACAGCCUAUGCAGGAGAGUGCAUGGAAUCCCCAGGGACUCACAGAAGAUGUAUUUAUGGAAACACGAGAGGAGGAUGCAGGGUUCCCAGCUGCUCCUCAGUUGACUGGGAAUGAGGAAGAGUCUGUUAUGGAGAUGGGAGAGGUUGACCUGCUGGCAGAUGCACAUAUUCCUCCAGCUCAGGAGUCUUCAAACCUACUGGAUCUGUGGCAGAAUGAGGAUCCUAAGGAAACCACCUGGACAGAUGGAAAUUUGAUGACCUCUCAUAGUGAAGUACAUGUUGAGCAAAAGGUACUUGGUGAGCAAGAGGUCACCCCAGCAGUCCCUGAGGAUAACCUAUUGAACUUUGAGGAGCUGCCUCAGCCUCCUGCUACAUUCUGUGACAUGGAAGCUGAAGAGGACCCUCAGAGCGUUAUCCACAUUGAAGGACCACACCAGAUGACUCUGAGCUACCAGCAUGCGCUUCAGGAAGCCUCUUGCCACCAACCAGAACUCACGGAGCCUCUUCUGACCAAUGGGGAGACACCACAGAGAGAAGGAACACAGGCAAGUGAAGGAUAUUUUAGCCAAUCACAAGAUGAGGAUUUUGCUCAGUCAGAAGAAAUGUCUGCAAAAGCUCCACCACCAAUUUUCUACAACAAGCCACCAGAGAUUGACAUUACCUGUUGGGACUCUGACCCUGUAAUGGAGGAGGAGGAAGAUGAGGAAGGAGAAGGCUUUGCUGAACGUGCUUAACAUAGCUUGUGUAAUAGUCCCCACCUCACACAACACGUGUACAGAACACGUGGCUGAGAUGUUUGACACAGCCGUGUAACAGCAAAGUAUUGUAGUAUUGGCUGAGGCUUUUGCCCACGCCGGAGCUCUGCUAGUAAGGUCUUGUCUGUUUCCUCCCACCGCCAAAUAAACUCCACCUGAAACUGCGGGGGGCUGCAGACAGGGUGCAUCUUACUACACUGCCUUCCAGCUGUUUUUUCUAUAUAGUCUAAUAAGCCAGCCCUUGUCCUGCUGGUCUCUCUCUGCUUACUGUUUGACAGGAAUAUUUGGGUUGCGAUUACCCCUCUGGGUUGAGCAGAGCUAGUAGCAAUGACUUAACGCCUGGUUGCGAUCAGUGUUAUUAGCUGGCUUUUUUUUUGUUUUGUUUGUUUUUUGUUUUUGACAGGCCUGUGCUGACUGCCUUUUGAAUUUGAGUUAAAGGAUGAAGGAUGCAGAGAGGUUUUCUCAUUGUAGUUUUAUCUUUGUAACCCAUUCUUGCAGCUUAUAUAUAUAUAUAUAUAUAAUUUUUUUUUUUCUUUGGGGAUACAAAACAGAAACGUAUGGCAAUAAUUACCGUUUAUACCCCUGGUCAAACUCAUAGGGCAGUUGGGUGGGGGUGGGGCAUAUUCUCCACUGUAGCACUCUCUUCCUCCACAUUAUUCAUUUUCUCCUAUUUAUUCCUUGAAUGUGGGGGUUGAUAUGCCUUGUACAUGGAUCACAAGCUCCUGCUAAUUAUGGUAGGUUUGGGGGUGGGGAGAUAAAGAGUGGGUAGUUGUGUACAUACAGAUUUCUUCUGUGGCCCACUCAUGUUACUUGCACCCCCUUUUCUUACCUGCCUCAAAAGCUUCUUUUUCUUUUUUUUUUUUUUUUUUCUUUUACAUGUUUAGUACUGUUCUUAAAGCACAACCUGUACAGACCGUGCUCGUGUUUCAAUAAAGGAGUCUGGAUCCAACCAUAAAAAAACAA